GACCUAAUUACCUCCCAUUCCCAUGACUUGAAUUUAACGUUAACUUAUGAUUAUUAUUGUAACACAAUUAUUAAGUGAAGUGAACUAGUAUGGUACAACUGCUGCUAUAUUCAAGGGCAGGCACUAUAUCUGUAAGUGCUUUGGGGAGGGAUAAGAGGUAAUCAGGUUUGAUCCGAGAUAGUUCCAAACUAAUAUCUCCUCAAGGGAGGCCUUUUGAUACCGGUGAGGGGCUCUUGAUCCAAAGAAUCGGAUGCGACAUCCCUUUCCUUGGGUCGAAUCUAAUUGCCUCACGUACCCCUAGGUACUCCCUUACAUAAUAAUAAUAAUAAUAUAGAAAGCCACUUGUUAUGCUAGCAUUUCGGGCAAAUUAGGUCACUGUCCCAGGAUGCGACCCACACCAGUUGACUAACACCAGGUACCCAUUUUACUGAUGGGGAACAUAGACAAUAGGUGUAAAGAAACACUCCCAAUGUUUCUACCCUGACUGGGAAUCGAACCCAGACACUCCCCGUGUGAAGCGACAGCUUUAGCCACCAGGCUACCAGAGCCUCCGGGUUUAGAGCUCCUUAAGAAUGUAGUACUAAUAACAAAGAAUUCGUGAAAAAAUGCUAUUUUUAAUAAGUAUUGGUGUAAUUUCAAAUGAACUGAUUUACGUGUUAUUGGAAAAUAGAUUUAUAAAUAUGUGCUCCAAAUAUAUGUAGGCCAUGUGCCAAAUUCCUUACAGCAAGUUGCCUAACAUUAAAUAAUAACUACUACAACAAUACAGGCAUAAAUUAACUAAUAUAAGACUGAAAAAAUACACACCAUUUUAAGUGUACAUAUGAAAAAAAUAUUACUUCACAUUGGGAAAUUUGGCACCAGUGUGAAUGUUUUCUUUGUGUAUUUAUGUACACUUGUGUGUACACUUGUGUGUGUAUGAGAGCAGACGACACAGCAGUUGUGUGUAUAUACAUGUGCGUAUAUGAGGGUAGUGUUGACGGGCCAGUCAGGGGGGAAGACAAGCUUGUGAUGAUAAGAACAUGACCUAAUGUCGAGUGGUGAUGAGGAAAUUGAAGAAGAAAUCCUUGAGCACGGUGAAGAUGCCAGCCUCUCUGACUCAAAAGAAGAGCUCUUUUUGCCUCCAAUUGUAGGUUUGCAGACAGAGGAAACAUCUAUUGUGAGUGACUUGUUGAAUUUAGGAGCUACAGCAGAUAAACAUGGUGACAUUGCUAAUACAAGACCUCUCUCUUUAGAGGUCAGAGGUCUGUUAAACCAAUCCUUGUACUUAGAGAGUAAUGAUGAUAAUGCAGAAAAUGUAUUCGACCUUCUGAAAAACAAAAAUGAAAAUUUCCAAAAAGAGAAGAAGCUGGGAGAGGAGGAGAAGAUGGAACCUAGCACAUCAUAUAACUCUUUAUCACAGCAUAUUGAUCAUUUAUCAAAAUCUCCCACUUUCAAAAGCCAUUCAGAAAGUGAUCAUAUAAGUUCUGCAGAUGCCUCUCCAGUAUCAAGUGAUUGGUCUGCUGAAGAUUCCAAAACUCAUAGCACUGGAAGUAAUAGUGAAUAUAUUGAAGAUAGAUCAGUGAGUGAAGUUGCAGUGAGUAUUCCUAAGCUGACUAUAUUUUCUUUUGAUUCAGCUCAUAAGGUUGGCAGCUUAGUCAAGCAAUUUAGUUUGCAAAAUGAUGAACCAAAUAAUAAAACUUCUGAAGCAGUCUCUAGACGACCAUCUUUACCUGUGACCCUUUCCCCAGCCAUAUCUUCUGAGGUAAACUCAUUUAUGUCACUGCAAAAUGGCAAGCAAAGUUCUUUAUUGUGUGAAGAGAACCCCAGUUCUUGUACAAGCAAAGACUGUGUGUCUGGUAAGAUUGGCUAUUUCAAUAGGCAAGAAAGGAAAGACUAUUCAUGUAAUAAAGGGCCUAGAAAAUCACCCAAAAAGCUUGGUAAAUUGUCUCCAAGAGUAAAAGAUUCGUUGGAAAAAAUUGGUGCGUGUUUGUCAAGAGGCUCAUCAGUAGACACUGAACUAGAUUUUGAGGAAAGAAAAAUUCUAAAGAGUAAAGAAAAUUUAACCUUUGAAAAAAUUACAAAGAACAUGUCAAAACAUUUACCAGCAAUUCAGAAGGAAAACACUCCAUUUCAUAAAAAUAAGUUAAAAGAUUUGUCACAGAAAAUGAAAGAAAAAAAUAUCAUCUCUCAAGAAAAAAUGGAAGAUUUGGGCGAUAUUGUACUUACACUUUCACAGAGUUCAUCGUGUUCUUCACUUAGAAAAUCAAAACAGACAUCAUCAUUAAGUGAAAAUAAUUGCAGUGAAAAAGAAAUCAGUCAGAUAAAAGCAUCCAGUAAGUUAGCAGCUGAAGACACAUGUGAUACAGAGGAAGAUGUAGAAGAUAUGCCAGUAGAUAAAGUACAAAAUUUGAUGGGCUGUAUAGAAGAGGAUGGCAACAUUUGUUUAAGUGAAGAUAAAUAUUUAAUAACACAUAGCCCACAUUCAUUCACUGAACACAGUUCUCCAGAGUUCUCCAAAUCAUCUGAAAUGUCUCCUGACAUUGGUGAAAAAGUUAGUUGCUUUUCAUCCAAAAGGAACUUUUCAGGAUCCAUUGGAGAGAGAAUCUCAGGCAGUCUUGACAUAAGCUUGGAGGAAAAUAGAGAUGCAGUUUCCAAGGAAAAAAUUAAUUUCUUUAGUGCUGAAAAUCUCUGCCACUCUGCAGUAGGUAAUGCACCUUCAACAGAAAGUUCAUUGUUGGAUACCUGUGAUGGUAAAAAUAUUAAAUUAGAUUCCAAAGUGGAUGAUGCCCUUAAAGUAGACAGUAGUUGUGCUUCACUGUCAUGCCAAGAGAAAGAGAGAGAUGUUCUGCAGGAGUCUGAAUGUCAAAGCCAGGGUGAUUUUCCUCCAAGCUUGGAAAAUGAAUCUUGUGAUGAGUUGUUAAAUUUAGACCUUAAUGACCACUCUGUUGAUGAGCUAUACUGUGAGGAUUUUUCUGAUGCCAGUGAGUUUGUCUUGGAAUUGAGAAGUAAGUCUCCGAUCUCUGCUAUAACUGAGAGAACAGAAGAAUCAGGACAAGAAAAUGAAAAAUUUAACUCUAGACAGGAAAGGGAAACAGACCUGUGCUCUGGUAGCAGUGGUGAUUUGCUGAAACGGACAGUUGAUGAUCCUAAUUCUGGAAGUGAGUGCCAAAGUGUUGAACAAAAUGUGCCCAAUGAAAGUGCCAUAGAACCAUUAAAUGAAAAGAACUUUCCAUCCCUUCCUCUUAAUAUAGUUAAUAAUGAUUCUAGUCACUUUACUGGUACCUCCCCCGUCCAAGGAGGCAGCUUAGUACAAACUCAGGAUUCCUUGCUAACAAGUAAUGAGCCAGUUUAUCCACAUUCUAGUCAGCAUUCUACAAAUGCAGUUGGCCAGUAUAGUUCUAAGUCUGGAACAAAAGCAAAAUUACCCCUUUUGAAUAGUAGUCUUAUUGUAGAUAAAAUUGAGAAAAGUGCCACCCCACCAUUAUCACCUACUAUUAAGACUCCAUGUGGUCCAGUGCGAACUACUUUACACCGUAAUUCAUCACGGAGUAUGCACAACCUGACCUCAAACCAUGGCUCGGUGUGCAAAAGUCAGGGAUUAAAAAGUCGUUCUAUGAGUGUAAGCAGUGAUAAUUUAGAUGGAAAUAGCUUGAGAGCAAAGUCUCUCUCUCCUGGUCCUAUUCCAAGGCAAAAAAUUAAAUGCAACAUUGAGUCUGGAUGUCAAGGCAGUUUGAAUCGUCGCUGUGUUAGUGCUAUAGCAUUAAAUGAGAAUGAUGGUCAGGUCAAUUUGAAAAGAAACAGGAGUUUUAGCUUAAAUAAAUUAAAUAGAUCUAGGAGCUCUAGUAUGACAAGUUUAGCAAGUUCUAAAAAACUUGAUUAUAGCCAAGUUCCAAGUAAAGUUCGGCAGUACAUUAAAGAUGUUAAAGAUAAAGAUAUAAGAAAUUCUACGAGAUCUCUUCCCUGUACACCAGCAAGAAAAACCAAACCACAAGUGACUUCUCAAGCUGUAGUUUCAGAUGAAACAUUGUUUAGGGAGUUGCCUCAUUUUGAUGAUGAUGAGAUGCCAGAUGAUAUAAGAAAGAUAAGAGACCAGAUAUUUGGGGAAAAUAUUGAUCCCAAAAAGCUUGAGAAUAUUUUAAAGAUGUUGAUACUUGAACGCAAGUCACGCCAUGCAAGUGAUGCAACUCUUGCUGCUUUGCAACUGCAUUUUGAUAAUUUGAGUGCCAGGUUUGCUGAAAAGGAAAAUGAAAUUGAUCGACUUCGUUUUUACAAGGACAUACAUAUAAAUAAAGGCUACACUCUAUUAUUUAAAGCUGAAGAAGACAGAAGAAUUAAUAGUGGUAGGUCUUCUCAUAACACAACACCACCAAACACCCCUAGCAGAUCUCAUUUUGCUUCACCCAACAUAUCAGGAAGAAGAUCAUCUUACCAAACGACUCCUCCAAACACUCCAAAUAUUAGAUCGCUAUCACCUAACUUAUCCCACUCCAAUCUUAUAAAAGCCACCUCUACACCUAUUGCUGACCCAAACUUGAGCUUUGCUUAUGGCUCCAGUAAUUCACAUGUAUUCCAAGAUAGCAUCCCAGGGGAUGCUUCAAGAAAUCACCGGUCCAUGGAAAGUAAGGAAAUAAGUAGCGGGUACUUAAAAGAUGAAGAUGGAAGCAGGGACUUUAAGAAUGAUGAGAGAAACAAAGACUUGAGCAAAGAGAGAAAUGGGGACUUGAAUAAUGAAGAGAGAAGUAGGGAUCUGAUGAAUGAAGAGAGAGGAAGUAACAUGAAGAAAGAAGAGACAAAUAUGGGCACUGAGAAUCGAGUAAGAAUCAGGGACCUUGAGAGUUGGGAAACAAGCAGAGACUUUGGGAAUGAACAAAGAAACCGGGACAAGAAGAUAAGUUCUUCUCGGGACGAAAUCAAUCUUCAGUUGUGGAUGAAGGAUGCUCAAACUGUUCUGAAGAGGAUAAAAGAGUUUGCUCUGCUGGAGGGAAGUGCUGCACUACAACAGAGUGAAAGAAACAUCAUCUGGCAUAGCAUUUUAGAUCAGUAUUGGCGCUUGUCGUAUCAGUUUCCAUUGCUGACACUCUUGGCAUCCUCACAUGAACCGGGUAUUUUGCUCCAGGACCUUGGACUAGCCUUACAGGCAACUGCUCGUAGAUUUGAUCUUGACCUUGUGGCUAGACAACAUCAAGAGAGAGGUGAACCGGUUAAGUCUGAUCUCGAUAAAACUUUUUGCACUGAUGAUGAUAAUGGAAAGAAAGGUCAUGAGAGAAUUGUUGCAGAUGGGUAUAGGAAAUUUAAUCCAGAUGAUAGUGGUAAUUAUGAAACUCAAAAAGGUGUUGGUGAAGCAAGAGAAGAACUGUGCCAUGACUUGGAUAAUAAUAUACAAAGUGCACCAAAUAAGGCUGAGACUCACAGUCGCUUAAGUAGUAAAGUAGAUGAUAUACAUAAGGAAGGAAGCAUGUGCACAGUGCAGUAUUCUCCAAAGAAGUUAUGGAAGGAGCAGUUUGAUUUGCCAAAAGAUGUUACAAAAAUACUCGAUACAAAGGAAAAUCGAACUCUGAAGAACCAGCAACACACUGAUACUAGCAAAGCUUCUGUUCUUUCUUCUGAUGUUUCAAAUGAAGCUCAUCAGCAGAAUCUUAAUAAAGUUAAAGAAACUUCAGGGAUAACACCUGCAUAUGAUUCGGACCCUGUUAUGAUGGGAUGCCCAUUUAGCAGUAGACCUAUUACUGAGAGUAUCAAGACGAGCCCUUUCAAUAUUUAUAGUCCAGCUCACUCGAGGGAAUCGCUGAAGACUGUUGGGCCUCUGGAGAAGGUAAAGUUAUGGCAAGCAUCACUGAAUGACCCAGACAUGCCUAUUGCUACAUAUGAGUCAUCAAAUGUCAGUCCAGUUCCAUCUAUUGUAUCUUUGCAUUCUAGCCAGUCAUUUGAUCCUCAUGUUGAUGCAGUCACCAGCUUGACUGACCACCAAAUUAUUGAUAUUCAAACUCCAAACAAAACUGGCACAAAUCUUAUGCUAGAUCAUGCUGCUAGUGGAAGCUCUAGAAGUGUAAGAAACAAAAAAAAUGAUUAUUCACAGCCUGUUCACAGCGUUGACUGCAGCUCUCUUUUGCCAUCUGAUAGAUUAGAGUGUGAUCUUCCAAAGUGUUCAUGGAGGAGUAACAGUGUGACACCUCGCCUGCCAUGGGAAAGGACAAUUAAAGUCCGUGACCUUGACAGUGGAUGCCCUGGCUCAGAACAAAGCACGAGGAUGAGCCAUAAUGCAAGUCUUGAGCAGCCAGAGCAGCUUGAGAUGUCAAACUUUCAUUCAGGCUUAGAGGCUAUAAGUAAUGGUAAAAUGGCAUCAGCUACAUUGGCAGAGCCUCAAAUCUGUCCACCUGAAGAACAUGCUAAUGGUAAUAGGAAUGUAAAUAAAAGUAACUCCAAAAGUAGUGUACAUUCUCAUCAUCAAGACAAAAAUUCAAAUGAUAAUGCAGGUGCAUCACCAUCAAGUGAGCUUGUUAAUAUGGCAUUUCCAGACUUUGGAGAGUGUCAAGGUACAGAUUUAACUGUGACUGACACUGAUAGAAAAAACAGAACCUUAUCUGCUAGCAGAAGUAGCAACAACAGCUCAAAAAAUAAAAUAGAUAAAAAUUACGGUCAGAGUGAACUGCAGAGUGCUGUUCAGAAGCACAGACACGGAAGACCGGUGAGUGCCAGCUUCAGCCUGAGAGAUGAUUAUUGUAGAGGAGACAAGAGUAGAAACUCUGACAUAAAUGAGACAGCUGUUCAUGAAAGAGAUCUAUAUAGCCAAGAUACAGAUUCUGUUAGUGAACCUCCAUAUAUAAAUCAAAGCAUGAAUUCAAGGAAAAUGAUAGAAAAGGGAUCUCGAGUAUCAAAAGAAAGAAGUAAAGACUGGCGCAAUGAUCAUGAUGUGGCUGCCUUGGUAGGGAAAGAACAAAUUAAAAGGAGCAAGGAGCUUUUGCCUGUUGAGCAUGGCUUACUGAAGCAGUCAAAUUCUAACAAAUACAGUGCAAAAUAUAUUAGUGGAAACAAUUCUAACCUGUCAGGUACAUCUACAAGCUCACCAGCUUCGUCUAAUAUUUAUAAUAACAUAUCAAAACUUAAAAGAGAUCUGAAUGUCAUAAAAUCGCAGAUGAUGAAUCUUACAAGUGAGAUCUUCCACAGCAAAAGAAGAAAAGAAGAGCUGAGUAAUACAAGUUCAAAUAAUCUAAGUUCCAAGGUGAAAAGAAGACAGAAGCCUAUAAAGGCAUUAGAUAUGUCUGUUCAUUCAGAAGACUCCGAAUUUGACUCGAGUAUCACAUCACCAGAUCCUUGUCAAGCACAGCAAUCAUCUAAGAAUCAUGUGCCUAAGAGCUCUAGAUUGAGACCUGCCACAGUUACCAAGACAGAAUCAAGGAACAAUACAAGAGAGGAUUUUGAAAAACACUGCAUAUCUCCUUUAGUGAACAAUAACUUUCAUGAUUCUCAGCAAAAUACAAGUAUGCAGCUUACAAAUUCUUCUUUAGAGGAGCUUUCUGAAUCAGUGUUUGCCAUUUCUAAGAUUGGGAAAUUGCCCAGGAGCACUCCUAAAAACAAGAAAAGUCCAUCCAAAGAGAGAGCAACAACAAUGCCAUCCUGCCAAUUAAAUAACAAGACUCUUAAUGAAGAUAUGGUAAUAAAGCCUGGAGAUAAAAUGAGGAGAAAACUAUUUAGUGAAAAACAGACAGACAUUACUACAAGUAAUAUUAAACAACCUCCAUUUGAUCACACUAGCACUAAGCAUGUUUCAGUGCAGACAGAAAAGAGUGAUAAUAAGGUUACUCUCAUUUAUGAGUCAGUACCAACUGCAGCUUUAACUCAUGAUAAACUUAGUAAGACCAACACUGAUGACACUCUCACCGAACACCAGAGAAGCCAGUUUGCCCAAGCCACAGAUGAACGACUCCUAAAUACUACAGCACCAGUCAUAUACAUUCAAAAUUACAACUGUGGAAAUGAAGCUUCUAAGAUAUGCUCUGAUGGGGAUGAUGCGCACAAAUCUAAACGCAGUGAUGAUCAUUGCAAACACAGACGAAGUGGCAGUGCACAUGAAUUGAUGGUUUCCCUGGAUGAAGCCACUACCUUAGCAGAGAGACUACGUCUGAGGUCUGAGAGUAUGUUAUCAUACUUAAAUUUGCACUUUUCCGUCCACAUGGAUCAGAAUCAGUCUUGAAGUACAAGUUUUGCUUAAUGCUAUCAGAUGUAGCAUGUUUUAUAUCUCUGGAAAUAUCAGUAGGGCUUGUGUGGUGGUAAUCACAUGAAUUGUAGUUGAGCUUACGUUGACUCUAGAUUUAUUGUGAUACCAUUAGUACAGCUUAAUAGCCUUUUCAUAUAGUCUUAUGAUUCAUAUCUGCAAGGUUGAAAUGUAGAGGUGAGAAAAGUUCAGCGCAGUAGUGUGUUCAGACAAAUUCAACAUUCUUCCAGAUUGGUAGUAGGUUUUUAGUAAGAUAUGAAAAUUAAUAUAUAUUGCAGGUCUUAUUUUAGUACUGUACUUUGCAAAAUUUGAUUGUCUAAAAUAUAUAUUUUAUUUAUGAGCACAUAGAUACAUGUAUGUUUUUAUACACAGUGUAUGUAUGUAUAUAUUUAUUUAUGACUUAAAAAUGUUGGAAAGGAAGAAAAAGUUAGCGUAUGAGAGUUUUUUUACAAUGAAAAAAUGAUGUAUGGAAGGUAGCAUAUAUUGAGAGAAAAAAGUGAGGUAAAAUGAAUGGUGAAUGAGUGCAGAAGAAGAACCAGUGGAAGAAUGAGUGGGUAUUUAUCAUCAAAUUCUUCUAAGAAUGAGGAGUACUUUUGGAGAUAAAUUAAUACAGCCUCUCCUCAUUUAGAGAUGUACAUACUCGUUUACCAACGACUCGGACUUAGGACGGGUUCUCUGACCAGUAUGCAUACCUAUAUAAUGUAUAUUAGAGUUGAUUUCCUCUAUUCUGAUUAUUACAAUAUACAAUACAUUACUGUAUAAACAUUUAAAAAUAUACCAGAAAUGUUAUAAAUGGUGCAAAGGUGACAUUAAAACAAUAUCAAAGAUGGUUGACACAAACCCACUACCAUUAUAGUAUGCUUCUCAUGUAACGAUGAAUUCAUUUACCAACGUGGUCUUAGGAACAGAACUCCAUUGUUGAGUGAUGAGAGGCUGUAUGCUAAAAAGGCCUGGAGAGCAAAUGGAGUUGCCAGAUAAAAAUGGAAGAGGGAGGAUGUUUAAUGGGGAGGAGAAUGCACCGAAACAAUGAAGAUAAUUUUGAGGAGUUACUAAAUGUUGAUGAUGAAAGGGAGGCAGUGAUAUCAUGCCUUGAGCAGGGAAGAAUAAUAUCUGGUAUGAGUAUGGAAGAGUCAGAAGUGAGUGUGGAAAAAGUGUACGAGGCAGUAGGUUGAAUAAGAGGGGGGGUAGUUCAGCUGGGACAGAUGAGAUUAAAACUGAGAUGUUAAAAGCUGGUGGUGUUAUAGUUCUGGUGUGGUUGGUCUAUUUGUUCAAUAUAUACAUGAGAGGAUUUACAGAGAGCUUGCAUAGUUCCUUUGUAUUAGAGAAUGGGGGACAAGAGAGUAAGAACUACUGUAUAGGACAAUAAACAGACAGGAUUGUAGAGAAACAAGAAGGAAUCAAGAAAGGUAGGGGAUGUAUACACCAAGUAUUUAUAUUGUUGCACAUAAACAAUACUUAGAUAAGGAUAAGAAACUGUUUAGUUAUAUUUUUGGAUUUAGAGAGGGCUCAUGAUAGGGUGAAUAGUGAAGCAGUGUGGUAGAUGUUGCAUAUGUAUGGAAUAGGUAGUACAUCAGUAAAAAACUUUUUAUGAUAGAGUGAGCUCAAGAUAGUAUAUAUAGGAAAGAAAUGGACCAUUUUCCAUCAAAAUUAGGUCUUAGACAGGGAUGUCUGAUGUUACCACAGUUUAAUAUAUUUAUAGAAGGGGUUGUAAAACAAGUAAAUGGUAGGGUGUUGGAGAGAGGUGUGUGAUUAAAAGAUAAUUAACAUGACAUGAAAUAGGAUUUGUCACAUUUGUUCUUAGUUGAUGUCACUUCUUUUGGGAGAUUCUGAAGAGAAGUUACAAAUGUUUGUGGAUGACUUUGGGAGGGCGUAUGAAAGAAGUAAGCUAAGAGUGAACACGGAAUAGAGCAAGGUGAUAUGAAUAAUAAAGAGUUUAAGCAAUAAAAAAAUUGGAUAUCAGAUUGGGAGGAGGGAGUAUAGAGAAAGUGAAUAUAUUUAGAUAUUUUGUAGUGGAUAUGUUGAUAGAUGGGUCUGAAAAAUGAGGUGAACCAUAGAAGAAAGUAGGUGGAGUGUUGAAAUUAGUUUGCAGAAAUUAAAAGAUGGUGUAGAGUUAUAAAAGAUACUUUAUUAGCCAGAGAUUAGUUGAGAUGGUUUGGGCAUUUAGAAGAAUGGAGCAGAAGUGGAAGGCAGGAAGGGUAGAGAUCAUCUUAGGAAAGAUUGAAAGGAGGGUGUAAAGGAGGUUUUAAGUGGUAGGGGCUUAAAUGUCCAGCAAGUGGUUUUAGGUAUUUAGACAUGUUGGAAUGUAAACAAGGUAACAUGAAGGGAUUUAAGGAAACCAGUUAGCCAGACUUGAGCUGAAGUGAGAGGUACAGUGCUUGCAUAUUGAAGCAGGGGUGGUGAUAUUACUGCUUGGAAGGGGCCAUUCAAACUGUGAUGUCUACACACCUCUGGAAAGACACUUAUUGAAUGAAUGAUGGUGAAUGUGCCUUUUUUUUUUUUUGAAGGGGGGUGGGGCCACCCUGCCUUGGUGAAAGACAGCCAGUGUGAUGUAAAAAAAAAUGUACUUCAUCAUAUUAAGAACUUGGAAAUUCCAAAGAUUUGGUUGUCAAGCACCUGCCUCUGAGUACACCAGAAUUAAAAUAUCUCUUGAUUAUAUUGUUUAAGAUGAUACUGAGUCUGUGGAUUUUUUGCUGUGUACUAUAUACAUACAUAGUACAGUAUAUGAAUAUUCAGUAUAUUUGCUGUUGCACGAGUAGCAGCAGCAUUCACCUGAAUUUUGGUAACUGAAAAUGUGUUAAGGUGCUAUGUAAUUUUUUUCUGUUCGAUUCAGGUUUUUGUUUUCUUAUACUAUAUGCAUGAAGCAUUUUAAGGUAUUUCUUGAAGAUUGAGACACUUAUGCACCAUAUGGGAAUCUUUAUUUAGGAAACGUUUUGCCACACAGUGGCUUCAUCAGUCCAAUACAAAGCAGAGAGGUGCAAGAAGAGGA